UUGCAGUAUUGUGCCAAAGAACUACCAGAAUAUUCUGGCCUUGGUAUUAGCUGUCCAGGAGAUCAAUGAGAACCCCAAGCUCUUACCUAAUAUCACCUUGGGAUUCCACAUCUAUGACAGUUACUUCGAUGAAAGGAUGACCUACCGGGCUGCUCUGAACCUUCCCUCCACACUUAGACCCAAUUACAAGUGCGACACCCAGAAACACCUGGUGGCGGUUAUUGGGGGACUGGACUUGGAUACCUCCAUCUACCUGGCAAACAUCUUGAGGAUCUACAAGAUUCCCCAGGUAAGAUGCUGCCUAGGGGAUUUCACACAUUCACCAUGAUAUCUUCUAUUCAGAAAGGAUUUCUUUAAUAUAGAAAUAGUUGUGUGAGACAAAGGAGAGUGAUCCUGCCAUUCACAAGGUAAUGUGAUGGUAGAGGAUUGUUCAUCUCACCCCCUUUCCUUGUCCACACACACCUAAAAACACGUAUUCAAAAUUCCAUUCUGCUGACUGAGACCCUCUCACCUUUGCUCCAUGGCCUACUGGUUGGAUUCUGAAGCUGCUCUCUUGCAAAGCUGGAAGCCUGCCUAUCAGGAGUCAGCUGCCCACACAUUGUGGCACUUGAUGCAAAUUCUGUGUGUUAGUGGUUUGAUAGAGGAAGGGAAGCUGCUAUGAAAUUAGUAGUUGAAAUGUUGCGGUGAAGCAACAUGAAAGAAACAGCAGAAGAAAGCAGCAGCUUAUAAAAGCCUAGAGAUCACAGUUGAUAAAGAAAAAGGGAGAGUGAAGGAGAGGAGAGCAGGAGAGCAGGAAACUGGGCAUGCAGGGGUGGCAGAGAAGGCGGUGGAGGCUGAGAAACACAGGGUGCAAUCUGCCACCCCUCCCAGCUUUCUGGAACCUGCCUUCUUAAGGCAACUGGCUCAUUUUGCCUCCUGGGUGGGAAGGCCCUAGAUGCACACACCCAGUCCUUCUGCAAUUGUAGAUGAUGCUACUUUAUUUCCCUUUAGCUCACUUAUGGCUCCUUUGCCCCAGAAGAUGCUGGUCAAAGCCAAUCCACUUCCUUCUACAGGAUGGUGCCCAAUGAAGCCCAUCAGUACACUGGGAUUGUUGAGUUACUUCUGCACUUUGGUUGGACGUGGGUUGGAUUGCUUGCUGCAGAAAGUGGAGAGAGAUUUAUUCAGAGCCUGAAACCUCUUCUGUCCCAGAAAGGCAUUUGCUUGGCCUUCUCAGAGACAACCCUGAAAACGACAUCUUUGGCUGAGUAUUAUGACAUGUUUCCCCACUGGAUCCAAAUUUAUCGAGCUAUUAUGGAAAGUAAAGCCAAGGUGGUGGUUGUCUAUGGAGGAACAAAGUCCAUGCUUCCCUUGAGAAACAUAGUAGCUCUUGGUGAAUUGGAAUAUGUGGCCAAGACAUCUGUGGGCAAGGUGUGGAUUCUGAUGGCACAGCUUGAUUUCACGGCUACGACCUAUCAAAUGAACCUGGAUAUGCAAGUCUUCCAUGGUUCCCUCUGCUUUACAGUUCAUUCUAAUGUGGUACAAGGAUUCAAAUCCUUUCUAGAGGCACAAAAUCCUUUUGAGGCAAAUGGAAAUGGCUUUGUCAAGCAGUUCUGGGCAGAAGUCUUUCUAUGUUUAUUUCCAAACUCCAGUACAGAGGAGCAGGCCAGUAGAACAUGCACUGGAGAGGAGAAGCUGGAGAAUCUCCCUUCGUCUGCUUUUGAGAUGACCAUGUCUGGCCACAGCUACAGUCUUUACAAUGCUGUCUUUGCAACGGCACAUGCUUUACAUGCCAUGUUCUUGUACAGGACCAAAUACAAAUCAGCGGUGGAAGGAGAAAUGCUGGAGCUUUGGCCUUGGCAGGUAAUGCCUCUCAUGAGAUAUAAUUUAUUUGACAUAGGCAGUGAUAUGUAAAACAGCACCCUGAAAAAUUUCAAGCUCCAGUGUAAGAGCACAUUCUCCCCUUGGGUGCAGAAAAGCUACUCAUGGAGUAAGACAGUGAAGUACCAGACCUGUCCCAUUUUUUGUGUGAGCAACUGCCUUUGCAUGCAGAGAACCUGAUAAUGAAGGCGGACCCUCUACAUACAAUCAUAGAAUCAUAGAAUCAUAGAGUUGGAAGAGACCACAAGGGCCAUCGAGUCCAACCCCCUGCCAAGCAGGAAACACCAUCAGAGCACUCCUGACAUAUGGUUGUCAAGCCUCUGCUUAUAGACCUCCAAAGAAGGAGACUCUACCACACUCCUUGGCAGCA